AAGGCACUCCCUUUCCGUUGGAAUUGCUAGGUUUGGGCUCCAGCCUCGAAGCUUGCCGCCGUGACAGGAGAGGGAGAGGGAGAGGGAGAGGGAGAGGAGAGAAAGCAACCAUAAUAAGAGAGAAACAGAGUCCUUGGCGUUGAUUCACAUCUUCUUGGAAGGAACAAACUGGUCCUUCUUAAGAGUGAAGCGGGGGAUAGUCAUGGCGGUUAGAAUUUGCAGGACUUCACUUAGGGAUGCUGCAGUGAAGAGGCUCGGGUCUUUCAUGACUGGCGGCGCCCGAAUCUGUACCCGCCAGUUGAGUUCCGGGACCGGCGAAGCCGGCACCGCCGCACCUAAAGCUACUCUGGGCACCGCAGGACCCACUGCCAAGGCUCCACACCCUUCGAAGAAGGGAAGGCUUUUGACAGGAGCCAUGAUAGGUCUGGCAAUAGCAGGAGGAGCAUACAUUAGUACUGCAGAUGAAGCAACAUUUUGUGGGUGGUUGUUCUCGGCUACGAAACUUGUGAACCCAUUAUUUGCUCUGCUAGAUGCAGAAGAUGCACAUCGCUUGGCUAUUUCAGCUGCCUCUCAGAAUUUGCUUCCUAGGGAGAAAAGGCCUGACCCAUUAAUACUUAGUCUGGAAGUCUGGGGUCGGAAAUUUAGAAAUCCUAUUGGCCUUGCUGCUGGUUUUGAUAAGAAUGCUGAGGCAAUUGAAGGUUUACUUGGGUUAGGAUUUGGUUUUGUUGAAGUUGGUUCAGUUACUCCUAUGCCUCAGGAGGGUAAUCCAAAGCCUCGUAUAUUCAGACUGCCAAAGGAGGGUGCUAUACUCAAUCGCUGUGGAUUCAAUAGUGAAGGAAUUGUGGUUGUUGCUAAGCGUCUUGGUGCCCAACAUGGAAAGAGAAAAAUGGAAGAAACAGCAAGCAAUUUAUCUUCAUCCAAUGAUGAUGUAAAGCAGGGAGGCAAAGCGGGUCCUGGAAUUCUUGGUGUCAAUAUUGGCAAGAACAAGACAAGUGAAGAUGCAGCUGCAGACUAUGUUCAAGGAGUUCAUACUCUUUCUCAGUAUGCUGAUUACUUGGUGAUUAAUGUUUCGUCACCAAAUACUCCUGGCCUUCGCAGGCUUCAAGGCAGGAAACAACUGAAGGAUCUUGUUAAGAGGGUUCAAGCUGCUCGUGAUGAGAUGCAAUGGGCAGAGGAUGGUCCACCACCGUUGCUUGUGAAGAUUGCUCCAGAUUUGUCUAAAGAAGAUCUCCAAGACAUUGCAGCAGUGGCUCUUAAUCUUCGCUUGGAUGGAUUGAUAAUAUCCAACACAACCAUUUCAAGACCAGAUCCUGUAAAUAGUCACCCUUUAGCUAAAGAAGCUGGUGGUUUAAGUGGAAAACCACUCUUCGAUCUUUCCACGAGCAUUCUAAGAGAGAUGUAUAUUCUUACCCGGGGAAAGAUCACCCUUGUUGGUUGUGGAGGUAUUAGCAGCGGUGAAGAUGCCUACAAAAAGGUUCGAGCUGGUGCAACACUUGUACAACUCUAUACAUCCUUUGCUUAUGGUGGACCGGCACUUAUUCCCCAGAUGAAGGUACAGUGGCUGAACUGGCGGAGUGUCUGAAAAGAGAUGGUUUCAAAUCUAUCCAGGAGGCUGUAGGUGCGGACUGUAGAUAAUACUCUUAUUUGAAGACAUCAGCGUCAAAGCUUUUCCCUAGGCUUCCGUUGAACGUGAUUUUAAUGAAGUAUUUGUCCCAGUUCUUCUUAUUGAAAGAGGCACAGCAUUGAAGAUAUAAAGAGUGAGACCAAUUCAUCAUCAGAGGUGCGGCAAGCUUUCUUCCGGUUAUGAUUUAUGUUUCUGUUGGACCCCAUUUUUAAUGUUUUAUAAAGCAGUUUUUUAGUAAAAAGUUAAAAUAUUUGUACUAAAAAGCUACUUUAAAAAACAGAAAAAAAGCCGUCCCAAACAAAAGCCUUAAUGCAACAAAUUUUCUACUCAU